AUGUUACUUAAUAAUUACAGAAAUAACGAUGAAACCUUUUCUUUCUCUCUCACUCUCCCUUUCUUUCUUUCUUUCUUUCUUUCUUUCUUUCUUUCUUUCUUUCUUUCUCACUGUGCUAACAUCUAUCUAUCUAUCUAUCUAUCUCCAUGUGAGACGAAGAAAAAAGCCGAUCAUGUUCGUAAGCAUGGAGUUAAACAAUUCAUCAAUCAGUACAAUAAACUAAAGGAUCGUCAAAAAGAUGUUCUCUAUUGGGGAGAUGAGGUGGAAUAUAUGCUCAUCAGGUUUGACCAUGAAAACAGACUGGGCCAAUUGUUUUUGAAUUCUUCACAGUUGCUACAAGCUCUCCAACAGCCAGAAUUCCAGUCUCCAGGAAACACCCCCACACUAUGGCGACCAGAAUAUGCAGGGUAUAUGGUUGAAGGAACACCUGGGAGCCCAUUUGGUGGGCUUAUGGCUCAUUUGAAUCUUGUGGAGGCUAACAUGAAGCUCAGGCGGGAAGAGAUUCGAAAAUUGCUGGGUCCAGAUGAAGUUCCAAUGUGUAUCACAUCUUUUCCCAGGACUGGUUGCCCCAACUUUGUAUACCCAUCACAUAAACCCCAACCUCAAUCCGAGGAAAGUUUUUCACGUUCACUUUUCUUCCCUGAUGCUGCCAUCCAUUCAAGUCAUCCACGAUUCAAGACACUCACAAGAAACAUUAGGGAAAGAAGAAAAGAAAAAGUUGCCAUCAAUAUUCCCAUCUUCAAGGACAAAAACACAAUGUCCCCAUUUGUGGAAGACUUUUCUGAAUAUGGAGACACUGGUGAAGCAUCUACUGCAGCCAAACCUGACCACAUUUACAUGGAUUCUAUGGGCUUUGGAAUGGGCUGCUGUUGCCUCCAACUCACAUUCCAGGCCUGCAACAUUGGAGAAGCCCGCCUGCUUUAUGACCAUUUGGCUCCUAUCUGCCCAAUCAUGAUGGCUCUGAGUGCAGCAUCUCCAAUUUAUCGAGGGUAUUUGUCAGAUUAUGAUUGCCGCUGGAGUGUUAUUGCUCAGGCUGUUGAUGACCGAACCAGGGAAGAACGUGGGCUUGAGCCAUUGAAAAAUGACCGGUUUUUGAUAAACAAGUCUCGCUAUGAUUCAAUUGACAGUUACCUUUCUGAAAUGGGCCGAUGCUACAAUGAUUUGGAUUUGGUAUAUGACAAAGAAAUCUUUGAACAAUUAAGGGAUUCAGAUAUUGAUGAUUUGCUUGCUCAACACAUUGCUCAUCUCUUCAUUCGGGACCCAAUCUCUUUAUUCUCUGAAAAAAUUCACCAAGAUGACACCAAAGAUACAGACCAUUUUGAGAAUAUCCAAUCCACUAACUGGCAAUCUUUAAGGUUCAAGCCCCCACCUCCAAAUUCCAAUAUUGGCUGGAGAGUAGAAUUCCGACCAAUGGAGGUUCAAUUGUCUGACUUUGAAAAUGCUGCUUAUGUUGUGUUCAUUGUGCUGGUAACAAGGGUCAUUUUGACUUUUAAACUCAAUUUCAUGAUUCCAAUCUCAAAGGUUGAUGAAAAUAUGGUGACUGCCCAAAAGAAAGAUGCUGUAAGAGAAGGAAAGUUUUAUUUCCGUAAAGAUGUCAUCACAGCCAAUUCUCCUCCUGAAGCUGCUGAAUGUGUUGGUUGCUGUGAAGUGAUCAAACAACGGAUUGAUGAAGAAUACACUUUGAUGUCUAUUAAUGAAAUCAUUAAUGGAAAAGAUGAUUUUCCUGGUUUAAUUCCUCUUGUGAACAAAUAUUUGGAAUACAGUGAAUGUGAUGUUGAUACAAGAUGUACUGUACUGCAAUAUUUACAACUCAUAUCAAACAGAGCUUCAGGUAAAUUGAUGACAAUGGCACAAUGGACCCGUAAAUUUGUGUUGACCCAUGCAGACUAUAAGCAGGAUUCCGUGGUCAAUGAAAACAUCACAUAUGACUUGUUGGUUGAAUGUGAAAAAAUAGCAAGUGGAGAGAAACCAUGCCCUGAACUGUUUUUUAAUUUGUCUGUUCAACCUUUGUCCUUUUUCUUUUGUCUCUUUUCCACACUUCAGCUAAUCUAUUCUUUCUCUCAGCUCAUAACUUUUUGCUGUCUCUUUAAACCACCAUUAUAUCUUUAA